AGAUCUCGUGUGAGUGUUGUUCAAUACAUAAUGAGCAUGUGUGCAUAUAUUUACAUAUUACCUACAGCACAUUCAUCCAGUUUCGACCCUUGCCCGUUAGCAGCAUUUCAUUUACAACUGCAUAUAAGAAUUGUCUUUACAGAUACCUCUGAGCAUGUACACAUUUAUCAAGUUGAGGCUGAUAUAUUAAGUCUGGUUAUGUCUAUGAUACAUACCACUAGCAAUAUACCCAUAGCCAAUCGCGAACUACCUACAACCGUCUCCCCACUGUCGCAAAACUACGCUCGGUGUCGUGCACCGCGCCGCCCGUGCGAAGAUGGCGGCUGAGCUGCAUCCGCGCAGCGGAAAACUGAUCGGUUUGUCGAACUCCAACCGAACCGCUCAACGGAAUCAGCCGGUACAGGAAUUCAAUCACGGCCUGGUCCUCAGUCGGGAGCCGCUGAGGGACCGCGAUGUCUUCACUGUCCGCAUCGACAAGAAGGUGAACUCUUGGAGCGGCUCUAUAGAAAUCGGUGUGACGGCGCUGGACCCAGCCGGUCUGGAAUUUCCCAGCAGCGCCACAGGGCUGAAAGGUGGCUCGUGGAUUGUGUCUGGCUGCUCGGUGCUGAAGGACGGCCGUUCGGUCCUGGAGGAGUACGGUCGGGAUCUUGACCAGCUUGGGGAAGGAGACCGUGUGGGCAUCCAGCGGAAUGGGAAAGGAGAGCUACACCUGUGGGUGAAUGGGCAGGACUGCGGCGCUGCUGCUAGUGGACUUCCAUCUCGACUGUGGGCUGUGGUGGACCUCUAUGGGAAGUGCACACAAGUGACUGUGGUGUCCUGUGAACCGCCAUCUGAAAUGGAGGGUGACGAGGAUGAAGAGGUGGAGGAUGAGAUUGUGUCGACGCAGGCAGUGUCCAUUAUGGCAGAUGCCUGUCGUAGUCAUGAUGAUAGAGCUGCUGUACUGACUGCAGCUGCUGCUACUACAGAGCGGAUGAACGGAUCAGCGGAGGAAGUGCCUGAAGUGUCAAGGACGCACAGUCGGCCGGACAAAUUUCCAAAUAACUUUGAGCCUGAUAGUGUUUUGACUGAGCAUCAGUUGUUUGAUGUGUUCAACAAUGCCAUUGUGUCUCUGUAUCGCUCGGAGGAUGAGGGGGCAGAGGAUUUGAAUGUUGGGGGUGGAGGUGGCGGUUCUGACUCCUCAAGGGGCGGCACAGGAAGUAACGGUGGAGGCAGAGGAACAGGAAGUGACAGUGGCAUUGGCGGCGGAGGUGGUGGUGGAGGCAGUAGCAGCAAUAGCAGCCCGGCGGGCAACGCUGGUGGGGCAGCAGGACUAGGGGUGGGCACUGGUGGAAUGACGACCAAUGAUGCACUGCUGUUUCAUGAGAAAUGUGGGACGCUGAUCAAACUGAGCAACAAUAAUAAGACAGCAGAAAGAAGGAGACCGCUGGAUGAGUUCAAUAAUGGAGUCGUCAUGACCAAUCGACCACUCAGGCACAACGAAAUGUUUGAGAUUCGCAUUGACAAACUGGUGGAUAAAUGGUCUGGUUCCAUUGAGAUUGGAGUGACAACCCACAACCCAAAUAAUCUUGAUUACCCCGCAACAAUGACCAAUUUGCGCUCAGGCACAAUAAUGAUGAGUGGCUGUGGGAUUUUAACCAAUGGGAAAGGGACUCGUCGGGAAUACUGCGAAUUCAGCCUGGAUGAACUACAGGAAGGAGAUCACAUUGGGCUGAUGAGGAAAGCCAGUGGAGCACUGCACUUCUACAUUAAUGGCAUUGAUCAAGGGGUUGCAGCCAACCAGACACCUGGCGUAGUGUAUGGAGUGGUGGAUCUCUAUGGCAUGGCGGUUAAAGUCACCAUUGUGCACAACCAUAACCACAGUGAUCGGUUGCGCCGCAAUAACGCCAUCAUGAGGGCACUGUCACCUGACGUGGGUCGACCCCGGCCUGCACUCUCAUUAACCCCUGAGCCUGAUAUCCCAGACCGCUUGCUCUUCCAUCCAAAUUGUGGGCAGAAGGCUGCAAUCAUCAGCGAUGGACGGACUGCUUUACGACCUCAUGCGACGGAUGACUUCAACCAUGGUGUUGUGCUUAGCAAUCGUCCAUUGCACUCCAAUGAGGUUUUCCAGGUGCGCAUUGACAAAAUGGUGGACAAAUGGGCUGGCUCCAUAGAGAUUGGUGUGACGACUCAUAACCCUGCCUAUCUUCAGUUACCAUCAACUAUGACCAACCUGCGCUCGGGAACCUGGAUGAUGACUGGAAAUGGGGUCAUGCACAAUGGAACUACAAUUCUGGAUGAAUAUGGGCACAAUUUGGACCGUCUAAAAGCUGGAGAUACGGUGGGAGUUGUCCGAAAGGAAGAUGGGAGUUUGCAUUUCUUUGUGAAUGGAGUGCCUCAAGGUCCUGCUGCCUGGAAUGUUCCGCCCAACGUGUAUGCAGUAGUGGAUCUGUAUGGACAGGCUGCUCAGGCCACCAUCAUGGAUGAUAUGGCUGAUCUCCCUCCUUUGCCUGACGACAGCUCAGAGGGUCCCACUGCCAUGUCUCCUGGUAGCCCGUGUUCAAUUUCAGGAGCCACAGCUGCAAAUGACCUGCGCUUUCAUCAGCUGCAUGGCACUAACGCAGUCAUCACCAACGGUGGCCGAACAGCACUUAGGCAGAACUGCCGCAGCGAGUUUAAUGAUGCCAUCGUCAUUUCAAACAGGUGCCUUCGAGAAGGAGAGCUCUUUGAAAUUGUGAUUCAGAAAAUGGUGGAUCGCUGGUCGGGGUCUAUAGAAGCAGGAGUGACAGCGAUCAGACCCGAAGAACUGGAGUUUCCAAAUACGAUGACUGACAUUGACUAUGACACAUGGAUGCUGAGCGGCACAGCAAUCAUGCAGGAUGGCAAUACCAUGAGAAAUAACUAUGGCUGUGACUUAGACUCUCUGACUACUGCCUCCAGGAUUGGGAUGAUGCGAACAGCAACUGGAGACCUGCAUUACUUCAUCAACGGCCUCGACCAGGGUGUAGCUUGUACUGGGCUGCCAUCAGAAGUGUAUGCUGUGGUCGAUCUUUAUGGUCAGUGUGUGCAAGUGUCCAUUACAAGCUCAUCCGGUCCACUGGACAACAGUCUGUGUACCAGUAACAUCACAGAAAAGAGCUUCCCCAUACACUCCCCGGUGGCAGGAGUAGCUCAUCGCCUGCACAGUAAACAUGGUAAAAACGUGGUGUUAUUAGGAGAUGGAUGCCAAGCGCUGAGGGUCGGAGGUUAUGCCCAUGGAAUUGUCUUUAGUGCAAAAGAGCUCAAAACAGAUGAAGUGUUUGAGGUGAAAAUUAACAAGGUGGAUGAGAGGUGGUCUGGUUCUCUUCAUGUGGGGCUGACCACCCUGCAGCCCCCUGACCUGCCAUCAUGCCCUCUCAGCGGCCUCUCGCCUUCACUCACUCAGCUCAGGACAAAGGUCACCUGGGUGCUGGCCGGCUCUGAGGUCAGACGCAACGGAGUACUGCAGAGACAGAACUAUGGCUGCUCUCUGGAUCGCCUCACGGUUGGAAAUCGUGUCGGGGUGAAGAGAUGCAGUGACGACACCAUGCACAUUCUCAUUGAUGGAGAAGAUAUGGGACCAGCAGCCACUGCAGUAGCAAAGAACGUGUAUGCUGUAUUGGACCUGUAUGGAAAGGUGACGGCUGUGUCCAUCGUCAGUUCAACACUAGUUGAGGAUUCUGAGAGUGUGAAAGCUCCCUCGCUCUCGUCCGACAGCUGCAGUGAAGGAGAAGAGGACUGCACUCCUGUCAGAGAGUGUGAGAAUGAGCCUCCAUUGGUGCCCACAGUCAUGACGUUUUUGGAGAAUCAUGGGAAGAAUAUCCAGCUGUCCAAUCAAAAUCUGACCGCCGCUCGGGUGUCCAGCUACAACCAGGGGCUUCUGGUCACAGCCCAAGCUCUGCCUCGCCAGCAGCUCUUCCAGUUUCAGAUUGACCGCUUGAAUCCCUCAUGGACGUCGUCUCUCUCCCUCGGUGUGAUUGGUCAUUCACCAGACCGACUCAACUUUCCUUCCACAGCCUGCUGCCUUAAACGCUCAGUCUGGCUACUGCAACGAGACUCUGUUUUCCACAACUCGCUAAAGAUUUGUGAGAACUAUGGUCCAAACCUGGACACCUGUCCAGAGGGGACAGUUUUGGGGCUGUUGGUGGAUAGCAGUGGUUGUCUCCAUUUGUUUGUGAAUGGCAUGGAUCAGGGUGUAGCGGCACAGGACAUCCCGAGCCCCUGUUACGCCCUCAUUGACCUUUACGGCCAGUGUGAACAGGUGACUAUCGUGGCGAAUCAUGUGCCGGUGGUUGGCGGUGAGCGAGGAGACCUGCGCUGUCAAGGGGACAUGGAGAAGGCUGAUAUGGUGGACGGUAUAAAAGAGAGUGUCUGCUGGACUCCUCCUCCCGAGGUCAACCCUAAUAAGACCUGCGAGUAUCAGGCGCUGUGCUCCAGAUUCAAAGACCUGCUCACACUGCCUGAUGGUUACUUUAAUGAGGAUGCCAAGUAUAACCUGUGUUACUGUGAGUCCUGUCAUAAAUUAAGGGGUGAUGAGGCCUAUUACAAGCGAGGAGAGCCCCCCAGAGACUAUGCUCUACCGUUCGGCUGGUGCCGCUUUGCACUCCAGAUCAAGACCCACUGUGAAGUCUCCAAUGCCUUCAAGAAGUGGCACAUUGCGUAUCACGGCACAAGUGUCGGUUCUCUUAGACGCACCCUGGACCACAACCAACUGUUAUCAGCAGAAUCAUCCUCUAUUUUCUCGUCAUCGUCGGUGAAGACGGAGGGUCAUGGCAGCUACGGAGAGCCGGAGGAGAACAGCGCUCCAGAGAGAGACAUUCCCAGAGUGCAGCUCUCACCAACCAUGCGAUAUUCCGGCCUCGAGGUCUUCGCUCCGAAAGUGCAAUUUCGAGACCCGCGUUCGCUCCGCUGUCACCAGGCUCAGGUGGGCUUCCAGGUGUGUGUCCGGCCAGGCUCCUAUAAAGUAGGUCCGUCGUCUUUAGGAAUCAGCGAGCCGCUAGACCCGCGAUUCAGCAAUGCAGAAAUCGAAUGGAUCACCAAGGAGAAAGGAGGCACGCUUCUAUAUGGCCUGCUCAUACGAGUUGAGUAAAAACAGACUCGAGCAAAGGAGAUCACCAUCAUCCUCCUCCUCCUCACCAUUAAACCAAAUUUCAGCGCAGCCGUUGAGGAUUUUUGCAUUGUUUUUGCUGCUCAAGCUCACUCAUCUCUGCAUGUUUCAGACAUUCUUUUGAGUUCGUUCUGUUUUGAAGGAGGGCGAUGAAAAUCCCCAGAGACAAAGACACUGCCUGCACUUUAUGUUUCGGACACUGGUGGGCGAUUUUUAGUUUUUCUGUUAAAUUCACUCACUCAGCAGGCUCUCCGUGAUUUUUUCUGUCUGUUCAUACAUUAAAAAAAUCUAUAUAUCACCUCUUUUCUUUUUAAAAAAUCUUUACAGCCUGUUUUUCUCACAGAAAUAAUACUGGACUGAAGCAACACAAAACCACAAGUUCACAGCACAGCUCUGAAUUGAUACUCCUGUUUUUUCUUAAGACUCGCAAAGGACAAAUCAACCUGGAAAUAACCCGUUUCAAUAACUAUUUCAAGAAACGGACAACCUGAAAAUGACCUAAAACAUGCAGCAAAAUCAGGAAGAGACUCAGCGUUACAGUUUGUUCAUCACUUUCUUUUGUUUACUCCAGAGCUUCUGCUCCAUAUUUGGUUCUUAUAGCUGUGUAUUUAUGCACACAUUACAGUGUUUAGUGGAUCAAAAAUUCUACAUCAAGACAAGAAGGUAAGAAUUCUCUUGUGUUUUUAUUUUUUAUUGUGAAUACACAGUUAUAACUAUCUAUGAAGUGGGUCUCAUAUAUAUUUUUCUCCAUUUGGCCCGUUAUUCUGAUGAAAUCGCUUUAUAAAGUGGUUCAAAAUGAUAGUUCACCCAAACUCUUAAAAUGUCAACAAUCACCAUUUGACCAUCAAUGAUUUGAGUGACUCUUAUUUUAUUUAGUUUUUCACAUUAUAGAACAGGACUCAUCAAAUUUGUUCCUGGAGAGCCGGUGUCCUGCAGAUUUUAGCUCCAGUCCUAAUCAAACACCCCUGAACAAGCUAAUCAAGGUUUUACAAGGUAUACUUGAAACACCCAAGCAGGUGUGUAGAGGCAAGGAGCUAAACCCUGCAGGAACACCGGCCCUCCAGGGUCGAGAUUGGUGACCCCUGUUAUAGAAGAUGGUGAUUCUGAAUAAAAUGUAAUGUAAUGUAAGUCAUAAAAUGUAAGUCAAUGACUAAUUUUAGCAUUUUAAAGGGAUAAUUUACCUAAAAAAAAUUAAUCUGUCAUCCUUUACUUACCCUUCAAACCCUAUUAAAGUUUCUUUCUUCUGAUGAACAUUGAUGAAAAAAGAUAUUUUUAAGUUAUUGUACCCAUUGACUUCCAUAGGAUAUUUUUUCUUUCUAUGAAUGUCAGUGGGCGUCAUCAGCAUUCUUCCAAGUAUCUUCCUUUCUGUUUUCCAGAAGAAACAAAACUUUUUUAAAAACUACUUAAAGGAGAGUGAAUGAUUAUUUUUGUGAACUAUCCCUUUAAGAAUAAAAAAAGAGUCAUGAUUUCUUGACUAUUUAGUCAUUAAUCAUAUAAAAGUUGACAGUUUUAUCUAAAAAUCUUCUGUUAUGUUUGGAUGAUGAAGAAAUAAGUAAUCUACAAUUCUAAAUCAACACUUAAUAAACAUUUUUGGGUGAACUAUGCCUUUAAAUAUCAACCAAAAGUACAUCAUUUCACUGUAUUGAUGCACAGAAAUCAAUAUCGCCCCCAAAGCACUCUGAAAAUUGCUAGAUGAGAACAUUUAUGAAGCUUUAUGUGUAUUCGUGCGUCCAAAUGUGCGUCCCAGUAGUCUUUUUAUCUUUAAAGUCACCUGCGGAUGUUCUUGUCUUACUUUUCAAAAAACGCUUCACUGCUUUAGACAUUGUUUACACAAUGGUUUAUGUUCAGGUUUGUCUUCUAUUCUGAAGUAACUUGCUGUUAAAAGCAUUCGUUUACUCGCAGACUUCAGUGUAACAGCCAGGAUGUGAAGUUAAACAGGUAAAUAAGAUAAACAAAUGCAAACGUCUGUUUAUGUACUACUUUCAACAUCCUGUUCAGCGGGAAGGACUGUUUAUUCAGUUAGGUUGAGGAAUUGUGGGAAUUGAAGUCUAUAUUUGAAUACCUGACCCCAGGAUUGGUGUUUACACUGGGAAUGUGAUUUGUUUUAAUAGAUUGUUUACUCCAUGCUAGACAUAUUGCCAUUUUUUUUUUGUAUUCUCUUAUGACUAUGAUUGCACAAAUGUAAGCCCUUGCUGGAAAAAAAAAGACGACGACAUAAAACUCAACUCUUCCGAUUGUAUCUAGACUCUGUGAAGGCAUAUCUAUCCAUUAGUUUUUUUAUUAAUAUUUUAUUUUGUUGCCAAUACGACAUACUUGAGUGUACAUUUCGCGUUAGCAAUCCCGCUUUAUUGCCAAGGGCAAAGUCUGAAUAAAUGCUUGCUAUGUACAUUGGAAAAAUGUGAAAACAGGGUUCACGUUGGCCCAUUGCUGCUUUUUUUUUGGUCAUUUGUAUUAUUUGUUUGUGUUAUUUUUAUGUCUUUACAUUGUGUUGUACAGCCUGUUACAUAACACUAACAUUACCUACCUGGUUUGUAAGAAAAUAAAAAUACAAAAAAAAGAGACAGUUAUGCACAACAUAUGAAAGAAAAA